ACGUCCUCCUCUCUGGGAAAGCACCAUAUGAGGUAGCCAGCACUCAAUCAAGGGUUUUGACUAGUCAGUGCCCUUUUUCCCUGUUAUCUUUCAAAAUACUUCCUUUCCCUCUGCCCUUCAGGAGAUUAUACAAUUCUGUAGUUCAGUCUCUAAGAGCUUUACUGAUUUAUCAUCCUACUUAAACAGUGAUUCUUAUAUUUUUAAAGAUAACCUCAAGAUCUGGACUGCUGUGGAAGACAUCUCCACUGAGGCACAUCCCUAACUUGAGAGAUGGGGAAUGACUACAAGAAAAUUAUCCUGCUUAAAGGAUUUCAGCACAUCAAUGAUAAAUGUUUUAACAUGAUUAAGUCUUUACUUAAAGAAGAUUUAAAACUGACUAGUAAAAUGCAAGAUGAAUACGACAGAGUUAAAAUUGCUGACUUGAUGGAAAUGAAGUUCCGAGGGCCUGCAUGUGUUGACAAGCUGAUAGAGUUGGUCAGAGACAUAGAUGAAAUUAAAGACCUUGCCAACAGUCUUAGAAAGGAGAAGUUAAAAGCUAUAAAGAAAAACAAGGCAAAAGGAGCAACUCCAGUGGAAAACCAGGGUACGUCCAGUCUUGGGCAAUCCACUUCCACCGCGAAUGAAGCUUCGGGAUCUGAAUCAGUCAAGGAUACACCUGUGAAGAAAAAGAAAACCACCGAAACUAGUGAAUCUAAGAGGAUGAAGCUAACCAAGGAGGAGAGUCAGCUCCCAGGAUUGUCAGUAAUGAGCACAGAGUCAACUAAGUGCCUUCUCCAGACUCCUCAAAUGCCUUCACCAAAGCCAUCCAGCAGUUCCUCAAUCAAGAAAAAAAGUGACACAGCCACCACACCUAAGGACUUAAAAAGGAAGAUGAUAUCUUGUAACCAGAGUCAGCUUCCAGGAACUUCAGCAACCAGCUUGUGCCCAACUGUGAGCAGUGGCCAGAUGACUCCAAUUGUUCUACCAAAACCACUCAGCAAUUUCUCAAGCAAGAAAGAAGAAAAUGCAUGUCUUUCAACUGGAAAAAUAGAAGACAUAACCACUAGAACUGCUGACCCCAGGAUGAAACUAUCCCUGGAGCAGAGUCAGCUUCUGCAAAUUCCAACAUGCAGCAUAAUGCCAACUAAAAAUUGCCUCCAGACUCCUCAGAAGCUGCCACCAACCACAUCCAGCAGUUCCUCAAUCAAGAAACCAAGAUUGAAGUCUGUACCUAAAGAAGCUUCCAGAGAGGAGGGCUUCCAGAGGGGCCCCAAAGAAGUGAUGGUGCUGAAGGCAACGGAACCAUUUACAUAUGAUGUCACAGGAGGCAAGAUGAUGUUUCAUGCCACAGUGGCUACUGAGAAUCGGUUCUUCCAAGUGAAGAUUUUUAAUGUUGCCCUGAAGGAGAAGUUCAUCCCCAAUAAAGUCAUUGCCAUAUCAGAUUAUAUUGGCCGCAAUGGGUUUCUGGAAGUGUUCAAUGUCUUAUCUGUGUCUGAUGUUAACCCUGACCGAAAGAUGGAGAUCUCUAAAAGCCUAAUUCAAAAGGCAAAGGCAACUCCUAAAAUCAGUCAUCUUUAUCUGCAACACCUAGGAACAUUUGUGAAUGGGGUUUUUGUGGUGCAUAAGAAAUGGGUAUAUAAUGAAUUCAUAUAUUAUGAAAUACGAGAUGAUACAGGAGUGAUGGAAGUCAUGGUUUAUGGACAGCGACUAACCAGUAUCAGCUGUGAAGAGGGUGACAGACUCACACUCGUGUGCUUUGAAUUGGCAGAAAGCAGGGCUAAGAGGCAGCUGAGAUCUGUAAUUCAUAGUUACAUCAAGGUCACCAAGGUCAAGCAAAGAACAACCACACAAUUCUGAUUCAUAUAUGGAAACCUGCUCAGAGCUGUUCUUCUAAAAACCUGGAUGUCAUUAAUAUUGAUGUUUAUGGAACUAAGAUAGAAUUAAAGCAAAAAUGU